AUGAGUACCAGCAGUACCGCACAACCACCACCAUCCUCCCCCGUUGCCGCCGAGCCGCCCGUCUCAUCCCGACCUCUCGUCGACCUCGAGCACCAUCUUUGGCAAGAAGACCUCAACGAGUACAUCGCCCUCGGCACCUACGGCCUUGUCGGCCUCGGCGCAUGGGCUGCCACUCGCGGCGGCAGCGACGCCAAGAAGGCUGACGACUCGAAGCUCGACAUUACCAGCCAGACGGACGACAAGGAGAUGAUUGCGUUCAUUGAGAACUUUAUCAACAACGAGGAGCACAAGGCAAAGUCGGCGGGCGGUCACUGA